UACUGUCCCUCUCGACUCGCCAUAGGUUGACAUUGCCUCCUCAAACAUGGCUGCACAUACAUUGAAGAAAUCCAUUUUGUCCUUAGGACGAAUACAUUGUCAUAUUUAUGGAGUUAAUGUGCGUAACCCYUUAAACAGGGCAACAUAUGCAACGGCCUUGUCUACCAAUAAUUCUAGUCAAAAUAAAGGCUUUCCUGACAGAGGGAACAGAGGACCUUUCAACCGAAGAUCAAGGAGAGAGGCGGGUGACCCCAGGACAGACAGGAUGCCUGUAGACCAGGACUGGCCUACAGUGUACCCAACCGCUACCCCCUUCAGACAGGGCUCUGUGCCCCUGCCUGUCCGCAUGGGCUUCCCAGUGAAGAAAGGGGUGCCCCCAGAGAAGAAGGGCAACCUGGAGCUCAUCAAGAUUCCAAACUUUUUGCAUUUAACUCCAUUAGCCAUAAAGAAACACUGUGAAGCUCUGAAACCGUUCUGCACAGAGUGGCCCUCUGGCCUGGACACAGGUGCUAAAUGUGAUGAGCACUUCCCUGUCAAAGUAGAGAGCAAGGACUACGUGUCUGCCGGCACCUCCCUCAGAAACCCAUCUGCUCGCAUAGUCCACCUCAGACUGAAGCUCUCCUGUCUGAACUUGGAUGACCAUGCCAGGAAGAAGAUGGUUAAACUGGUAGGAGAGCGGUACUGCAAGGACACGGACACACUCGCCAUCACCACUGACAGCUGCCCUGUGAGACAGCAGAAUUAUGACUAUGCCAUGUACCUCCUGACUGUCCUCUAUCACGAGUCUUGGAAAAUGGAGGCAUGGGAGUCGGAGAAGACUGUGGCAGACAUGGAAGAGUACAGCUGGGAGGACAGCCCCUCUCAGAAGAACAUCAUGUCCACGUUGGUCCGCAUGCAGGUUGCAGGGGAGGGAGAGGCGGUGAGGGAGGAGCUGCUGGGGAGGCCGGAGGUGCAGGAGUACAGGGACUCUGUGACCAGACUGAAGAACGAGGGAGAGAGCGAGAGCAGCAUGCACCAGUACAGAGACGCUGUGAAGAAACUGCUCAACCUUUAAUAUGCCCUCUUCUAUACAUGCAGAAACACACAAACACACAGGAGAGUGAGCAAGAGCAGUCAUGGGACAGUGUAGUCACCAAUACAAAGCAAAGACCAGAACUCAACUGCUAUACACUUGGGGUGACCAGUUCAAAGUCUAGAGACAAACCUAUCAUCUGAUUUCACCACACACAGCAUUUGAUGCCUGUAACUGUCGUUUGUGAAAUAUMUAUUGACAAUAAAUAAAAGGUAUGUCUGUAAUACAAUUGUCCUAUACGAGUUAUGCUAAACUGAUAGCCUGAAGCAAAAAUGUAUUCCUUGCAUUUUAAAUAAAAAGCGUUAUUUUUCUCA